AUGUCAACGGUGGCACCGUCGCUGAGCGUGGACCUCGCACCACGCUCCAAUGGACACAACCAUAGCCAUGGUCAUAGUCGCAGCCAUGGCCACUCUCGAUCUAACCACUGGGCGCAACCUCCACCUCCCCUCUCACAGCAAGACAAUGCCAACCUUCCUGAACACCCCGAACCAAUCAAUGCUGUCAAAUCAAGUUAUUCAUAUGGACAUACACAUCAAGCAUCAAGCAACGAUCACCAUACGCACUCGCACCACUCUAGUGCAUACCACAAUCAUAACCAUAGUGUGUCAUCUCUUCACCAUGAUGUGCUAGAUGACCACCAUUUAAAAGAUCCCAAUGGUCUUUACGGAAUCCUAUCUACAGAUACCACUAUACACGAUGAUUACAAUAAAGAGAAAAUCCACGAGGUUUUGACUAGUACACUCAUCGUGCUGCCGUGGGUUGUGCUUUCUUGGUACCAGAGAAAAUGCUCCCAAAUACAAGAGCUAUCCAGUGAAGCUAUACCUGGUACGACAGCGACGACCACCCUUAUCCUCUUCGGCUGUGGUCAAAUACUACGGAUCAACUACCAAAAGGCUGGCUCUUCCACAAAUUUGUCCGUUAAUUUGCCGAAAUUGAAUGUCAAAAGCGUCCAAGCCUUACUUUCGCAAAUUGUCUCUGUGGCAUUGCCAAUAUUUGCAGCACUCAAGGUCGGAGGUUUUUUGGUUGCGCUUUCACUGCUCCUUGCGAUAGCAUCGCGGGUCCCAGCUAUCAUGAUUGGGGCCUCGCGCACUCAGGAGAAAUACAGUCGCAAGGUCCUAUCCAUUGCCCUACUAUUGGUGGUCAUUACGUCGAGCAUCCUCGGGCUAAACCAUCCUUGGGAUAUUUCCCCGGUCAGUGGAUAUGCUGCCCUAUUGGCAUCUGUGUUUAUUGCCCCACCCCCAUUCCCUUCGCUCCGUCGCAAUGGAACUAUUCCUGAGCCAGGUCUUGUUGCUGCACAAAGCAAAGCUUCACACUCGGGUCACUCGUCCGUUACGGUCACAACUGACGCACCAUUGGCCGUGAUAGCCGGGUCCUCCCUUGCACUUCUCACCAUGCUUUUCAACCGAGGGUUUGUCUUCAGUGUCUUGGAGCUGAUGUAUCUUCUUAUACCUAUGGGUAUUUUUGCCGUUUCUCUCAUGAUUCCCCUGUCCCCGAGUCUCCGCUCUCCCAAAAAGAUCGGACUCGCCAUUUGCGCUGCAGCCGCAGCUUUUCUUUGUUCCCCACAUGCUCAGGAUGACUUGCUCAUGGUUUAUGCCAUACGUGGUAUCUUGGCUACGGCCUCUUUCUUCGCCUCUAGAAGGGAUGAUAUUCAUCAGCAUAUGGAUGCGCAUGCGCAUAACCACACGCACAGCCAUUCACAUUCACACACUACCUUGGAAUCCUCCCGGGUAUCAAAGUGGCUUCUCCAUAAAAGUGAACCAUAUCCGUUACUGCACAGCAUUCUCAAGGAGAAGGACUCUCGUAGCAUCUUCUACUUUAUGUGCCUGAAUUUCACUUUUAUGCUUAUUCAACUAUCAUAUGGGUUCCUGACUGGAUCACUGGGGCUGCUUAGUGACAGUAUCCACAUGUUUUUUGAUUGUCUUGCGCUUGUUGUUGGUUUAUGUGCCGCUGUCAUGAGCAAGUGGCCCCCAAAUGCUCGAUUCCCCUACGGCUAUGGAAAAGUUGAUACUUUGUCAGGGUUUGCCAAUGGGAUUUUCCUCAUGAUUAUCAGCGUGGAGAUCAUUUACGAAGCGGUGGAACGGCUCUCAUCGGGGAGUGAGAUGCAUCGUCUAGGUGAGCUAUUGAUCGUCAGCAUUGCUGGCCUGGCAGUCAACUUGGUCGGAAUCUUCAGCUUCGAGCAUGGGCAUGCUCAUCACGGCCAUGACCAUGGCCACGAUCAUUCUCAUGGCAAUGAGAACAUGCACGGCAUUUUCUUGCACAUUCUUGCCGACACACUUGGUUCAGUGGCAGUUGUCAUCUCAACCAUUCUCGUGCACUACUCCGGCUGGGCCGGUUACGACCCUUUGGCAUCAUGCUUCAUCGCCAUCUUGAUCUUCGCCUCGGCCGUUCCUUUGGUUUGCAGUACGGCCAAGACACUCCUACUCACUCUGCCAGCCGACACCGAAUAUAAUCUCCGGGAAACACUAGCAGGAGUCAGCACUUUGCGAGGCGUGGAGCGGUGUCUUCCGGGCAUAGUCAUUCACAUGAUCAUUCCAGCCAUGAGGAUUGUGAGAAUCACCAUGAUCAUAGCCAUAGCCACAGCCAACAUCAUUAUCAUCAUCAUCAUCAUGGUCAUGAUCAUGAGCAGCACCACGGCCACGAACAUACACACGAGAAAAAAGCCCAGAACAUUUUCGGGGUGA